GGCUCAACGAUAAAAUGGUGGACCACAGCUGCAGUGGAUUUCAAUCGCCCGUGUUGUGGAUUUUUUCUGUUACAUUUGUAGUCAAAAUGUGUUUGAUGGUUCUCGGGUUGAGAGCUGUAGACGCUGAGGGUCAAAUUGAAGAUGCAUUCCGUGCAGGAAAUACAGUAUUUUCACCGACCACUGCAGCAGCACGGGAUCUACGGUAUCUUCUCUACGAUGUCAACCCACCAGAGGGCUUCAACCUGCGUCGGGAUGUCUACAUCCGCAUGGCAUCCCUGGUGAAGACCCUGAGGAGACACGGUGACUGGGUGCUGGUGCUGCCUCCCUGGGGGCGUCUCUACCACUGGCAGAGCCCAGACAUCCACCAGACAAGAAUCCUCUGGGGAGAGUUCUUCAGCCUCACCAGUCUUCAGGGCAAUGUGCCAGUCAUAGAAUACGAGGAGUUUAUAGCCGAGUCUGGAGGUCCGUUUAUUGAACAGGUGCUGGUGCUACAGAACUAUGCUGAAGGGUGGACGGAUGGAAAAUGGGAGGAGAAAGUGGAUGAGAGACCCUGCGUUGAGCGGUUAAUGUACUCCAAAGACAAACAGGGCUAUUACAGAGGUUGGUUCUGGGGCUAUGAGGAAACCAGGUGUGUGAACGUCACUUGUCUUUCAGCUCAGGGCCACGCCUCCAUGCUGGCACCCCUCCUGCAGAACAACAUCACAUCAACGUCAGUGAUGUUGGAUAGAGCAGAGACUGUCCUCCAUGAUCACUACGCUGGAAAGGACUACUGGAAUACUCGCCGCAGCAUGGUCUUCGCCAAACACCUGCGUCUCCUAGGGGACGAGUUCCGAGCAAAGUACCUGAACUCCACAGACGAGCAGGACCAGACCGUAUACAACGAGGACUGGACUCUCGUUAAGAAUAAGCUGGGUUCUGCCAGAGGGGGGCCAUACCUGGGUGUCCACCUGAGAAGGAAGGACUUUAUAUGGGGUCACAGAGAGGAUGUGCCCAGCCUCAAAGGAGCUGUGAAGAAGAUCAUGAGCCUCAUGAAGAAAACCAAACUAGACAGAGUCUUUGUGGCCACAGAUGCAGAUGAUGAAGAGCUGGCGGAGCUGAAGAGGAUGUUACCAGAGAUGAUACGCUUUGAGCCCACCUGGGACGACCUGGAACUACUCAAAGACGGGGGUGUGGCUAUCAUCGACCAAUGGAUCUGCGCGCAUGCCAGGUAUUUUAUCGGAACAUCCGUGUCGACCUUCUCCUUCCGUAUCCACGAGGAGAGAGAGAUAUUGGGAUUUGAACCCAAAACCACCUACAACCGCUUCUGUGGGGACAGUGAGAAAGAGUGUGAACAGCCCACACACUGGAAAAUAGUCUACUGACUCAUCAAUGCAAAACCCCACUCAAGACCUCUUUAAAACAUGCCAAAAGCAGUGUUGAAGUUGAUAUUUUUUUCAUUUUUCAUAUAUAUAUAUGCUACCAUUAAGUUUGGGGUCACUUAGAAAUGUCCUUGUUUUUGAAAGAAAACCUUUUUAUUUUUGUCCAUUUAAAAUAACAUCAAAUUGAUCAGAAUUACAGUGUAGAUAUUGUUAAUGUUGUGAAUGACUAUUGUAGCUGGAAACGGCAGAUUUUUUUAAUGGAAUAUCUACAUAGGCAUACAGAGGCCCAUUAUCAGCAACCAUCACUCCUGUGUUACAAUGGCACAUUCUGUUUAUAAUUUUAAAAGUCUAAUUGAUCAUUAGAAAACCCUUUUGCAAGUAUGUUAGCACAGCUGAAAACUGUUGUCCUGAUUAAAGAAGCAAUAAAACUGGCCUUCUUUAGACUAGUUGAGUGUCUGGACCAUCAGCAUUUGUGGGUUCGAUUACAGGCUCAAAAUGGCCAGAAACAAAACUUUCUUCUGAAACUCGUCCGUCUAUUCUUGUUCUGAAGAUCUCGUACAAUGAUGUGUACUACUCCCUUCACAGAACAGCGCAAACUGGCCCUAACCAGAAUAGAAAGAGGAGUGGGAGGCCCUGGUGCACAACUGAGCAAGAAUACAAGAUUGCCUGCAAUGACAACAAGCUCAGUCCGAUGAUGCUGUGACACACUGCCUCAGACCAUGACGGACCCUCUACCUCCAAAUCGAUUCCGCUCCAGCCUCGAUGUAACGCUCAUUCCUUUGACGAUAAAUGUGAAUCCAACCAUCACCCCUGGUGAGACAAAACCGCGACUCGUCAGUGAAGAGCACUUUUUGCCAGUCCUGUCUGGUCCAGCAACGGUGGGUUUGUGCCCAUAGGUAACGUUGUUGCCGGUGAUGUUUGGUGAGGACCUGCCUUACAACAGGCCUACAAGCCCUCAGUCCAGCCUCUCUCAGCCUAUUUUAGACAGUCUGAGCACUGAUGGAGGUAUUAUGCGUUUUUGGUGUAACUCAGGCAGUUGUUGUUGCCAUCCUGUACUUGUUCGGAUGUACCGAACCUGUGCAGGUGUUGUUACACGUGGUCUGCCAAUGGGGGGGACGAUCAG